GUUUGAACGAGAAAGAACCAGGUCCCUGCCAUCGAGGGAGCAGUGACACGCCUAAAAAGGAGUGUGACGGGCUUCUUGCGCGCCAAAACGAUCAACAAACCGCACGUUUUGUUAUGUCAGCAAGUGCUUCCCCGCUAUGCGAACGUUGGUCCAGGGAUGAGAGCUUUGCCCAACGCCGUGUGGAAAGCAGGUGGUGAGCGCUUGGGAGUGCAUGCAUCGGCUGAAAUAGGCUUGAAUGCACGAUCUGAGCUGGAUUUUCCCACUCCCUCAUGUACAUACGAUGGGGCCGGGAGAUGUUGGUGGCACCAGAUAGCGUGUCGAAUCCGGUCCCUUGACGACUGGAGAGGUUACCAGUCCGGACAGGGGACACACAGAACGCAUUGGGCUCGACUCCAAGGCGGAGUUCGUCGGGUAUGGGUCUGGAUUCUUUCGGAGAGGGUCUCGGAACCAGCGAAGCACGGACGUCGCACGAACCUCGCUCGUUGGUCCAGUCAGUGUCCCGGCGUCGGGGAACGUGCAUCAAAUGUGUCGCGUUAUACAGACAACUCGACACGCAGAAUGUUUCCAGUGGCGACCUCUCCUACGAUUCUAAAUCUACACCAUUUCUGCAAGUUAGGAGGCGGGGGUCGGCGGUCUUGGCUCUUGAGGACAUAGCACAGAAGAAGCACGAAGGAUCCGCGGUGAAUUAAUCGGCGAAUUCGCUAGCGACGGGCGGGGAUCACUUGUUUCGUCCCGCUAAAAGUGUUCAAACGGCAGUGGCUUCCCAAAGAAAUCAAGCGUAAAUACGGGAGCUGUGCAGGGAUCUUUGAGACUGGUCAUGACCAUGAGUGGGAGUUUAUGGGAGUGGUUCCCACGGACGGUACGAAUCAAUACGUUUGUUCUGCUCGGAACUUUUCCGACAUGUGUCCGUCAAAGACGUCUUUGAACGACAAAGCUGUUUUUGUUACAAUCUUCUCUGAUGAACUGGGCAGGACAUGAGUCACUUUGGUCUGUUCAAUCGGCAGCGUGGAUGAGGCGAGGCUGGGCACAUUGCAUCGGGAUAACGCUGCGGAACAGUAGAAGAUGUAUGCCGAGGCAAGAGACCGUUGGUUACAAUUGAAACCGAUUCAUA